AUGUAUACCUAACGCAUACCGUUGACCAUAAUGUUAUUUUGGCCAUAUUUGCGUGAAAUGUAUAUCAUAUUAUAAUAACAUGACGUUCCGAACGACAUCGAUAACCAUGAUGGUUAAUGAUUUUGCGGUUUUUGCAGCGCAUGCAGCCGGACCACCAUGAUGUGCACUGACAUGUCGUCUAACAGGGCGAGGUAUAACUACACGUGGUUGGCGCAUCUGCGCAGCCUGAACCUGACGCAGGAAGAUCUGCAGUACCUGAUCAAUAUCACGUCGUUCGAUGAUCUGGAUGAUGACGGCGGUGACGAGCACCAUCACCACCCGAUGGAUAACGGUUGCUACAACUGCGGCGGCGCCGUGAAGAGCUACUCACUACUGUUCCGGGCGGCGCACGGCUACGUCAGCCUGUUCUUGUGCGUGUUCGGCGCGCUGGCCAACGCGCUCAACAUCGCAGUGCUGACGCGCAAGGACCUGGCUGGUUCACCCAUCAACCGGAUACUGUGCGGCCUGGCCCUGGCCGACCUGGCCCUCAUGGUUGAAUACACGCCGUUCGCGUGCUACAUGUACCUGACCACCGCCAAGAAGGAGGAGUUCUCGCACGUGGGCGCCGUGUACGUUCUGCUCCACACUUACGUGUCACAGGUGUUGCACACCACGUCCAUCGCGCUCACGCUCGUCCUGGCCAUGUGGAGAUACGUCGUCGUCAAAUUGCCCAACUCUAUGCACGCCAUAUGCUCCGACCGGCGAUGUAGUAUAGCCAUCAAAUUAUCGUAUCUACUGCCGUUCAUUAUUUGCAGCCCGACAUUUCUGGUGUUUGAAAUACUGGAAACGAAAGUCGUUGAAAACGGCACUGUGGCCACGUUGUACCACUUGGGUUUGAGCACCAUAGCAAGGGUGAACCAUGAAUUAUUGUACAUGAUACAUCUGUGGACAUAUGCUGUAAUCAUCAAACUACUGCCUUGCCUAAUACUAACCGUCGUUACUAUAUCUCUGAUAAACGCGUUGAGUGAAGCAUCUGAAAGGAAAGCAAAGCGACUUCCGACCCAGCAACAAAUGGCUCGUAUAAGGAAUAUGAAACUUAAGAAAAGGAUGGACCGAACUAGCCGUAUAAUGAUUGCGGUGUUGUUAUUAUUUCUUGCCACGGAAUUCCCGCAAGGAAUACUGGGUCUACUAAGUGGCAUACUGGGAAGGGGUUUUUUUCAAACUUGUUACAGUCUAUUUGGCGAGCUUAUGGACAUGUUAGCUCUCUUGAAUGCGUCGUUAAACUUUGUAUUUUAUUGUUGCAUGAGCAAACAGUUUCGUGUAGCAUUCGGUCAAUUAUUCAAAACCCAGCCUAGCAUUAUGUUUAAGCCCAACAAUAUUUUGGAGACAUUCGUAUAGGAUUUGGAGGAGGGUUAGGACAGCCAGAUUGAAACCUUGAAAAUUAACCAAAUAUUGUUAUGUAAUAUUAAAUAUGCCCGCUUUUUAAUCCUGAUGGAAAUUACGGGUAAGUUAAUUUAUUUCAUAGUUUUUAAAUAUGUUCAAAUAUAAACGUUUAACAAAAUUAUAAUCACCAUUCAAGUCAAUAGCUUUUUUAAUAUAAACUUAAGUUGCUCAAAUAUGACAAAAUGUCAUAUUUUUAUUAUAAUAACUAAUUUAAUUAAUUUUCUUAAUUUAACACUAACUAUAAUUGUCAUAAUAUAUUCGGGUGUGUUUUUAUAUAUAACAAUAUUGCUGACUCAUAUAAAUUAGACUGCAUUGACGGGGUUAUAAUUUUUAAUUAUUAAAAACAUUUUUUAUCCAAAAGAUAUUUUAAAUACACACAAAUAAUAAUAUACUUCUGUGCAUAAAAUUAAAUUGGUGAUGUAGUAAAUUCUUGAUUAAAAAUCAUAUUUUCAUAUAAUGACUAUUUAACCGAAUCAAAACAUCACCCACCCAUUUAUUUUUUACU